AUGAGCUUCCUAUGCUCACUUGUCACCCUCCUGCUGAUCGUAGCUGUGAGCGCGGACGAUGAGGCUGCGUUGCUUGCUUUCAAAGCUCAGCUCAGCCAUGGCGGCUCGCUGGCCUCCUGGAACAGCAGCGCCGGCUUCUGCAGCUGGGAAGGCGUGACGUGCCACCGCACGCCAGCACGGGUGGUGGCACUGAGAUUGUCCAGCACCGGUCUCGCUGGAACGCUCUCCCCGGCCAUCGGGAACCUCUCGUUCCUGCGGACGCUCGAUCUGAGCUCCAACUCUUUCCACGGGGACAUUCCAGCGAGCCUCGGCCGCCUCCGGCGCCUGCAGAAGCUCAUCUUAUACGACAACUCCUUCUCAGGCACAUUGCCAGUGAACCUGAGCUCCUGCGUUAGCAUCACCGAAAUGAAUCUGGACAACAACACCCUUGGGGGGCGCAUCCCGGCUGAGCUCGGCGAGAAGCUCACGUACCUCUCACUGAGACAGAACAGCUUCACAGGGCUCAUCCCCGCGUCACUUGGCAAUAUGUCCCAUCUACAACUCCUCGAUCUCACCACCAACCAGCUCGUGGGCUCAAUCCCAUCAGGCCUCGGAAGCAUCCAGAGCAUGAUAUAUUUCAGUGUCGCAGUUAACCUCGUCACUGGUAUGAUUCCACAUUCUCUCUACAAUUGGUCAUCGCUGGAAGUAUUUAGUGUAGGGGGGAAUAUGCUAGACGGAAGCAUUCCGGAUGACAUUGCAAGCAAGUUUCCCAAGUUGAAAUAUCUUGCUUUGGGUAGUAAUCACUUCACAGGAAUCAUCCCUUCCUCAAUAUCCAACAUAUCUUCCCUCAUAUUACUUGACCUCGUGGACAACAGAUUUAGUGGCCAACUGCGGUUUUUGGUAUUAUACACGAAUUCUUUCGGAGGACAACUACCGGGUUCAAUUGUGAACCUCUCAACAACUCUCCAGCAGUUAAACUUGAUGGAUAAUAGGAUCUCUGGGAGUAUCCCUGCAGAUAUCGGUAAUUUGAUUGGGCUGGAAAGACUUGCGAUAGGAUAUACUGGCAUGUACGGAGUGAUUCCAGAGAGCAUUGGCAAGCUAGCGAACUUGAUCGAGCUUGUCUUGUGCAACAAUAGCUUGUCUGGGCUCAUACCAUCAUCGCUAGGAAACCUUUCGUGGUUGAAUAGGCUUGAUGCAAGUGAAGGCAACUUGGAGGGGCCAAUUCCGGUAAGCCUAGGGGAGUUGAAAAACCUCUUUGUACUAGAUUUGUCCAACAAUUACCAUCUUAACGGUUCGGUACCCAGAGAGAUUUUCAAAUUACCCGGCCUUUCUUGGUAUUUGAACUUGUCAUACAAUUCCCUUUCUGGACCCAUUCCUAAUGAAGUUGGUAGUUUAGCAAAUCUUAACGAAUUAGUUCUAUCAGGAAACCAGUUGUCUGGAAAGAUACCUGACAGUAUUCAGAAUUGUGUGGUAUUGGAAUGGUUAUUAUUAGACAGUAAUUCAUUUGAGGGAAGCAUACCUAAGUCAUUGAAGAAUAUAAAGGGGCUCCGUACACUGAACCUGACCAUGAAUAAUUUCUCUGGUAAUAUUCCUGAGGCCCUUGGCAGUAUUGGAAACCUGCAAGAACUGUACCUAGCACACAACAACUUGUCAGGGUCAAUCACAUCAGUUCUACAGGAUUUGACAAGAUUGUCUGAACUGGAUAUAUCCUUCAAUAAUUUGCAAGGUGAGAAGCUCAAACCAAGCCAGAAUACAUUAGCACACAAUUCAAUUGCUGAUGACCAUUAUGAGAGAAUCCCCUAUCAGGCAUUAAUGAGAGGAACUGACGGAUUUUCAGAAGUUAACUUGCUUGGCAGAGGAAGUUAUGGUGUGGUUUAUAAGUGUGUUUUGGACACUGAAGAAAGAACAUUUGCUGUCAAAGUAUUUGCUAGGUAUUCCAAGAGUUUUGAGGCUGAAUGUGAGGCCAUGAGAAGGAUACGACACCGUUGUAUCAUUAAGAUCAUUACUUCUUGUUCGAGCGUCAAUCACCAAGGUCAAGAGUUCAAGGCAUUGGUUUUUGAGUUCAUGCCCAAUGGUAACUUGGAUGGAUGGCUUCAUAAAAAAUCGCAAGAGCCCACAAGAAACAACACACUCAACCUUUCCCAGAGGCUUGAUAUUGCUGUAGAUAUUGUGGACGCAAUAGAAUAUCUGCACAACUACUGCCAACCAUUGGUAAUCCAUUGCGAUCUUAAGCCUAGCAACAUUCUUCUUGCGGAAGAUAUGAGCGCACGAGUUGGAGACUUUGGCAUAUCAAGGAUCUUUGAAGAAAAGACAAGCAAGGGGAUGCAAACUUCAUAUAGCUCAACUCGAAUUAGAGGAACCAUAGGCUAUGUUGCUCCAGAGUACGGAGAAGGCUCCGCGGUUUCAGCAGCCAGUGACAUUUAUAGUCUUGGCAUAUUGUUGCUUGAGAUGUUUACCGGGAGGAGCCCAACAGAAGUCACUUUCAGGGAUUCGUUGGAUCUGCAUAAGUUUGCCGAGGAUGCUCUUCCGGAUAGAGCCCUGGAGAUAGCUGAUCCGACAAUGUGGCUGCACAGAGGACAACAUGAUGACACUACAAGUAUUAGAAUCCAUGAGUUAUUGGCUUCAGUAUUCAGACUUGGCAUAUCCUGCUCAAAGCAACAGCCUCGGGACCGGGCAUUGACGAGAGAUGCAGCGACAGAAAUGCACGCAAUCAGAGAUGCAUACCUCAAGUUUAUAGGGGAGCGUGGAGCAGAAAGAGAAGUCUCGACUCAAGAAAUUCAGAACAUUGUUGAAUAA